AUGGCUUGUAUUAUAAAAAGAAAGGCAGAACUCGAGUGGACGGAAUUCGAACUUGAGCACGACUACGCGAAACAUCCAAGUCUUGAAGCGAUUGAGCAAAAGAAACCCGAUGAGUUUCUGCGGGAGAGGAAAGAUAUACUCUUGAGUGAAAUUGAAAGCGACUCUGACAGCGAUGUGGAUCUAGAUGUUGUGAAAACUCGACCUCCUCCGAAAAUAACAUACCACCGUGCUAAACUUGAGGCCCAAUUCAAAGAGACAGAAAAACUCAUUCUGAAUAAAGUUUUUGGUCUUUUCGACUGUGAUUACCCAGCGGCGUUGGAUUCCAAGUUCAAUGAAGAGUACAAACCAGUAAAAGCGCGUAUUCAAGCUGGAACAGCGGCAAGAAAAGUUGUCGUUUUGGGUGAAGUUGUUGAGUGCAUGAUAGAACUUCAUCUAAGCUGUCUCACGGUCAAAGGAGAUGAAUUCGAAGCGCUUCAUCGAAAAUCGUUCAUUGAGAAGGCCUCACAAGUUCUUCGUCUAAAGUUCAGCGCGAUCGGAUUUGAAAGCCCCACUCUUCACUGGAUUCACAUCAAAAUUGUCGAUUUACUGCCGCCUCAUCUUCUUGCUUUGUACAUUGACACGUUAUCGGCGCUUCGCUCUAAGAUACCCGAGCUAUUAAAGUUCAGCUUGGAGCCUAUCAUUCAGCAAGGUACAACAAAAGCGGCAAUAGCUCUUGGUCUCACGACCAGGAAGCCUUGGGAUCCAUUGACUGCCUCGCCGAUGAAUCUCCUCAAACAGAAGCUUGUUCCAAAUAGCGCUAAUGCACCUCUCAUAAUAAGAAUACCUUCUCGCCCGACGAUCCAGAAUAGUCAAACUGCCCCACAAAUGCGUCGUUUCCGAACCUGGAAUUCCCAAUUGAACGCUUUUGGCACUGUACAAAACGCGCCAAGCCAGGCAUCCGGUCAAACUAACGGUGAUUACGUCUAUCACAUGGUUCAAACAGUUCGAAACAUGGUCAGAAAACACAACAAACGGCACCCGAACCAGCCAGUUAUUCUCGUCGGCUGGGAAAACGCAGCGCUGCUGAGUAUGUACGUCGCCCUUUGCAAGGACAUCGAGGUUGCUGCCGUCUGUUGUCUUGGACUUCCCCUAAAGAAAGCGGCGGACUUUACGGAUCCAUUACUUGAGGAUAGCAAAGGGUCGAAAUUCUAUCGUUGGUUUCGUGAAGAAGAUCAAGAUAUUUACCCGGGACAUCAAUUGGAAAAGCGUGGUGAUAUCGAUGAUCCAAUAACUGGUUUAACCUGCCCAUUUUUCGUUGCAUGUGGAUCAGAAGCUGCAAAUUGUGAAGUAAAAGAUUUGGAGGACUUUUUACUUGAGAUUCAAGCUAACACAAUGAUGGUCAUUGUCGAUGAGGGAGACGCAUUACUACGCGUUCCGACAGAAAAGCAAAAACGCCACGGGCUAACUCAGGCGAUGGUGGACAAACUCGUGAUCGACGAGAUGUGGGAGUUCUUGAGCAGACUCAUGACUGAAAAAGCGAAGAGAGAGGCUAAUUUGGCUGGCAGAAUGUUCAGCCACUCAGAACUUGCACUAAAAGCGCAACAAAAACGAAAGUCGUCCGCGUCUACGGAGUCAUCACCAAUGAUCGUCCAUUACAAAACCUUUUUGAAAAAGAAGGCCGAGGGUCUUGGAGGUCGACUACCGACUGUUGACGAAAACAGACAGUUCUACAAAGAGUUCCAAGACUUGAUGCGAGCAGCAAACACUGCUUCAAAGAGAAAGAAAGCGUCAACGGGAGACGAUAGAGAUUGGAAUCCGAAGAAAAAGAUUGAUAAAAAGAAAACACCGGCCGUGAAAUCACAGAGGAACAUUCAACGAGAUUUGGCCGAAUCGUCGAAUGCUGCUAGUCAGCUUGAAUCACUGAUGGAGUUUUGA